AUGGCUGGCCGUGUGCUGUUGGUGUGUGCCCUCUGCGUGCUGUGCUGCGGCGGCGGCGGCGGUGUCGGUGCGUGGGGCGGCGGCUACUGCACGGAGAGUGACUGGAGGGACUUGAGGGCGGUCGCGAGGGAGAUGGCGGAGGCGGAGAUUGAGGGGCAGUACUGCAGCCGCAAGCCGGAGUUUGUGAAGCGGCUGCGGGCGAGUCUGCAGGCCGGGGCGGAGCGGGUUGUGUCUGGUACGGUCGAGGGGGAUAAUCCAACUGGAAACGGUGUGGACGGCAAAGAGGGUGUCGCCGCAAAUAGCGGUCACCCUCAGAGAGUGGAUGACGAUGUGAAGAGCUGUGAGGGGGAAAAUGGGGUUUCGGGAGGGAAAAACUGCAGCGUGGGAAUUGAAGGUCGAGAAGAGACACCAGAUGGUAAACAACAACCUGGAAAAACACCAGUAACGCUGCCGUCACCGGUGCAAUUGCCGUCGCAGCCACAGUCACAAGAACAGCCAUCUGAACAGGCGGUGGUCAUUACCACAGUUGUGCACAGCAAUGGAGCCGCAGGCUCAUCGCAUAUCGCCAGUGAUACAUCAGUUGGAAGUGCGGCACAAACACCGCAAACCGUUCUUCCUGCAGAUGGCAGUGGUGCUGCUGCCGGUGCGCCGCCGAGCAGUGACAGCGCAGCACCAUCAGCCGCAGCAGCAGGGCCCCCCGCCAAGGAUGCAAGUAACACCGCGAGUAUGACUGAAACUGGCAGCAGCCCCGCGGUGCAGUCAAGGCCGUCGAGCCCCAUGACGACGAACGAAGCUGGUCAGGCGGAACAGAACCACACCGAAGUGUCCACCUCCCACGAACAACCGGAAGCGAGUGGUGGGGGAGACAACCAAGCCUCCAAACCCGCAGCGGGGGCAGCUGCCCAAGCGGUCAACAGCACUACGAAAACGAUGGUGGCGCCAGUCGACAGCGACGGCAGCACUGCAGCCUCGCACUGCACCUCCCCCCUUGCGCUGCUUCUUCUUGCGUGUGCGGCGGCUGCUGCGAUGGCGGCCGCGUGA